AAUUGUUUUCCUGAAAAUGGCGGUCUAGCAAAACAAAUUGUUUCAAUCGCUGAUUUAUAAUUGAACCCGUUUGCACUACUUAUUUUAAUCUAUAUUUUAACUUACUGAAAGUGUUUAGCUUUUUACCCUAUAAAGAAAUACACCCCAAAGCUCGACUGGCUGUAAACAUAAACACCGUGGCAAAUGCUUUUAAUGACAGCGAAGAAAAAGAAGAAGAUCCCUGUGUAGAAGCAAACAACACAAAAGAUUGCACAAAAGGGCGACGCAGAAAAGAGAAACUUUCCCUCCGCUGUUUCGAGGAAAUCGAGGAAAAACGGAACACCUGCUAUUUUAUUGGUGUGUAUAUUAUUGCGACGAGCGUUGGAAAAGUGGUGCCGCGCACCGUAAGUACCGUGUGAAUCGUGUCUGUUCGGGUUUUUGAAGAUUGUUUUCCAAAUCCCGUCCCGAGUAAGGUGGUAGCAGCACCUGGUCCGAUUCUGCGACCGUGCGAAAAUGAGCUGCAACGAUAAGAGCGACGGCAUCUCGAAGGAGGAAUGGCAAAGCCGUCUCGAAACCUUCCCGUUCAAGCAGGACGACAUAAACAAGCUGAUCAUGAACUAUCUGGUUACGGAGGGUUUUAAGGAGGCGGCAGAAAAGUUUCAGGCCGAAUCGGGUGUCGUACCGUCCGUGGAUCUGAACUCGCUCGACAACAGGAUACUGAUCCGGGAAGCGGUCCAGAAUGGUUUCAUACAGGAAGCUACCCAUCUGGUGAACCAGCUCCAUCCGGAGCUGCUCGAUAACGAUCGCUAUCUGUACUUCCAUCUUCAGCAGCUUCACCUGAUCGAGCUGAUCCGUGCCGGCAAGAUCGAGGAAGCACUCACCUUCGCCCAAACACAGAUCUCCGAAGCGGGCGAAAGCAACCCGGAGGUGCUGAACGAGCUGGAGCGUACGCUUGCGCUGCUUGCGUUCGAAAAACCGCAGCACAGCCCGUUCGCCGAUCUGCUCGACCAUACGCACCGCCAGAAGGUGGCCAGCGAGCUGAACGCGGCCAUCCUCAAGACGGAACAGCAGGAACAGUCCAGUCCGCGCAUGAUCAAUAUCCUCAAGCUGAUACUGUGGGCACAGACCGAGCUGGACAAAAAGAACGUCAAGUACCCGAAAAUGAUGGGCCUGGCGACGGGCACAAUCGAACCUAAAUAAUGGACCCCACCGUCCAGCUGUAUUUGUAUGUAUGUAUCUGUGUGUGCGAGGUGGUAUGUGUGUCUGAUUGAAGCGUGUAUAUGAAAAAAGGUUAAGGCAGAGGAGCGAGCGAGUGCGGGAAAGCGUUGUCUAGUUAGUAGGAAGCUUUAAAUCACGCAAAUCAGCCCUGGGCUGAUUUAGUAUGGGGUAAAACGAAUACGUUCGAAGCGAAGCGAGCAUGGAUGGAGCAUUGGAGUAGGGUUUCUAUAUUUUAAGAGCAGCUGCACGGAGAACCAUCCUUCCGCUGUGGAGUCGAUAGCAUACGGGGAUACAACCUCUGCCUGUAGUAGUGUACGUUCACAUUCGUUCGACUGAUCCGUCUAAUCGGCCUCCCCCCGCCCAUAACAUCCUCCACUGAAGGACUUGAUAUGAUAUAAAAAUGGCCAAUGGGUUAAACAACAAAACAAAGCAACAAAAAAAGAAAAUCAUUAAAUCCGUGUGUUAGGAAGGCCAGAGGCCCAUUCAUUAAUUACAUACAAACUUUAUUUUCGAAAUAUUAAGUCAUAUGGCAUACUUAAAACAGACGGAUUCGUUGUUCACAUUGGUUUUAGUUGGUCAAAUUGAAUGGAACUGUUCCCAGCUUAUGUUACGACAGCUAGUGUGCACAGAAUUGUGGAUUUUAUUUGAUGUGUUUCCUCUUCCUUAUUAGCAAGUCAUCAUAGCACUGUAAUGAAGAAAUAUAUGUUUGCUUAAAUAAUA